AUGAUCUCAGAUUCUCUACUAACACUUAAUCCUAGCUCUUCGUCCAGCGUUUCUGUGAGCGCCAGCGUGUAUAAGUUCGUCCAGGAACACGGCAGGACGUUCCACAGAUAUAAGGAAGGGAAGUACUUCAUCCCUAAUGAUGAGAGGGAACAGCAACGUAUGGACUACCAGCAUGCGAUAUCCAAAGUGUUACUCGGUGGGAAGCUUGGGCUAGCCCCAGUUGGGACUCCGAAGCAGGUCCUUGAUCUCGGAACAGGCACGGGCAUCUGGGCGAUUGAGUUUGCGGAAGAAAAUCCGGCCUCUCAGAUCCUGGGCACCGAUCUCAGCCCGAUCCAGCCCGAGUACAUACCACCAAACUGCCGCUUCGAAAUCGAUGACCUGGACGAUGAUUGGGUUUACAGCCAUAAGUUUGACUACAUUCACGGUCGCGGUCUGCUCCCUUUCAUCAAGACAAGCUGGGACAAACUCUUCCGCACUGUCCACGACAACCUUGAGCCUGGCGGCUGGGCCGAGUUCCAGGAGACCGUCCCCUACGCCCGGUCUAUAGACAACUCGAUCGAAGGCACCGCCCUGCAGCGCUGGAACACCCUCCUGCUCCAAGGCAUGCAGAAGUUAAACGGCCGUGUUGCGACCGAGGCGCUACGCUGUAAGAGCUACCUAGCCGACGCCGGGUUUGUCAACCUUGGCGAGAAGAAGUUCGCCGUGCCCCUCAAUACCUGGGCGAAGGGGAAGGAGCAAAAGGCUCUUGGGGCCAUGCAAAUGGUCAACAACCUUGAGGCGGUUGAUGGUAUCACCAUGGCCGUCUUCACUCGCGCCUUUGGUUGGGCGACGGAAGAGGUGGAUAACUUGCUUGCUGAUCUGAAGCGGGACCUACAGGACAGGACUAUCCACGCCUAUUGCUCAGUGGUCGUCGCCUGGGGCCAAAAGCCGCAUUAG